AGCUUUCUCUUACCCCGGGGGCAGCCCCCUACCCCACAAAAUUUCCUCACUUUCAGGGCUCGCAUAUCUCUCCCCCCCCCCGCUCACCCGAGGUGCACCGACCUCUAAUAUCACUCCCUCCUACCGCCUUCCCAGCUGGCCCAUGGGGUCAAGCUUUCUCUUAACCCGAGAUGGUAGCUGACAUUGGCAGGGUGGAGGGUGGAGGGUGAGGCUUUAGCCUGCAGUCCUGGCGGUUCUGGUCAUUGAUAAAGUUUGGGAGCAAAGAGCCUAGUGGUGGUAGAGAGCCGCCUGUUUUCCCCGACAGAUUAACGCAAAUUCUGCGGAUUUUUCGGGUAGUGGUUCGUAGAGCACUGCGGACUAUGAACGCCCGGCCCCGGCCCCGGCCCCGGCCCCUGGCUGUGGCCGGUCUGUUGUUCGCUGCCGCCGGCACCGGCCUUGUGCUUGUUACUCCGCUCAUUGUAUAGCCCCAGGUGAAGGCGGUUAAUAGGUUGUUCUCCGGACAGCGAUUAGCGGGGCGCUGUGGAAAAUGAACGCCGUGAACCGGCCCCGGGCUCUAGCUGUGGCCGGUCUGUUGCUCGUUACCGUCGGCACCGGGCUUCUCCUCGCGAUUCCGUACGUUAUACAGAGCCAGGUGAAAGCGAACAUUCAGAUUGAUCCUGCGAGUGGUCUGGCUUAUACCAUGUGGCGAGAUAUCCCUGUCCCGUUCUACAUGUCCGUCUACUUCUUUGAGGUUAAAAAUCCGCAGGAAUUUCUUCGUGGUGAGAAACCUGCUCUGGCACAGCGAGGGCCUUAUGUUUACCGAGAAUACCGACAGAAAAGUAACAUAACCUUUCACAACAAUUACACGGUCUCGUACCGUGAAUAUCGACGAUACUAUUUCUACCCUGAAGGGUCAGCUGGAAACGAAAGCGAUGAGCUGGUUUUCCCCAACAUGAUUACCUUGGGUGCAGCUUUAAUGGUUGAAGACUUGCCCUAUCCUUUGAAAGUUGUGUUCAGCACAGCCCUGAAAGCCUUUAAAGAGACUCCAUUUAUUAAGAAGACUGUGAAGGAGAUAAUGUGGGGAUAUGAUGAUUCAUUCAUUGAUUUUCUUAAUCGAAUGUUUCCAGGCAUGCUCCCAUUUAAAGGAAAGUUUGGGUUGUUUGCUGAGAUGAACAACUCAGAUUCAGGGUUGUUCACAGUUUAUACAGGAGUUGAUAAUAUCACCAAAGUUCACAUGGUGGAUAAUUGGAAUGGUUUAAAAGAGGUAAACUACUGGCACACUGAACAGUGCAACAUGAUUAAUGGAACAGCCGGUGAAAUGUGGCCUCCGUUCAUAACUCCAUCAGAUUCAUUAACCUUUUACAGCCCAGAAUCUUGUAGAACACUGGAACUAGUGUAUGAGAAAUCCGGUUGGACAUUUGAUAUCCCAUCUUUCCGCUACAUCGCCCCAAAGACCAUGUUUGCCAACGGAACGGUGUACCCCCCCAACCAAGGCUUCUGCCCGUGCAGGGAGUCUGGGGUUUUGAAUGUCAGCACAUGCAGGCACAAUUCUCAAGUCUUCAUUUCGCAUCCUCACUUCUACAACGGCGACCCUGCACUGUGGGAGGCUGUGGACGGGCUACACCCCAGUGAGAAAGACCACGCACUGUUCGUUGACAUCCACCCGUUAACAGGAAUCCCUUUGAAUGUCUCCAUUAAAUUGCAACUGAACCUAUUUGUGAAAGCAGUGCCAGGGAUAAUGGAGACUGGGAAUAUUCGGCCUGUGCUGUUGCCUUUGCUUUGGUUUGAAGAGAGUGUGUGCAUUGAUGGCCCAGCUGUCAACACUUUUUACUAUUUCAUGGUGGUGUUGCCAAUCGUAUUUCAAUAUCUUCAGUACAUCCUGGUUACCGUUGGCUGCCUUUUAGUGUUGGUCGCUCUAGCACUGAAAAUUGUACACCUGAAAAAGCAGGACAAAGAGAUUUUAUUUUGGAAUUGUAGACAGUGUACUGAGGAUACAGCAGUCGAUGCGGAAAAAUCAGUUCCAGUGGCUUGUCCUGUGGAAGUCUCGGUGUAGGUGGGUAAAGGUUUACUUUUGAUAAAUCUGGUUUGAGAGGUGAAAUUAAAAUAAAAUAAAUUAGUAUCAUUUAAAAAAAAAUGUACUUAAAAUGCAGGUGUGAUCUUUCCGUGUCUGUGUCAGUGAUAUUUUGGCAUUCUCUUUCCCUUUGCGACGGCACGCGGGUCUUUACCUACGUUACAUCUUCACUUUGAAAUGAAUGUUUGUGAAACACCAGUGAAGGUGAAUGACUGCUGAUGUCACUGCUCCAACUAUUAGGGCAGCUGGCCCAUCUUUUGUAUCAUUGCCGCAAGCUCUCUGUUCAAUGCCAAUAUCAGGAUUGUGGAGCUGAAAGGGGGUUCCUGAUGCCAAGGGUGUUUGGAGACUGCCCAUGCACUGGAAGAGCUGUGCAUUUGCAAGGGAUUCCAACUAUCCAGAACCUUCUCUGUUGAAAGUUUGUGUUCUUGUCUGCAAAAUGGGUCAUGACUUCAGUCAGUGUGGGUAUCAGUAUGAAUCAGACGGUCAAUGUCAGAGUCAGUGUACAGUAUCGUAACAGGUCCUUCACCUCUGCUCCAUGUAAACCGCAUUCUCAUUAUAGUUGCUCUGCUGUAUGACCCAUAUUCCCCUCAACCUUUCCUAUCCAAACAUCUUUUAAAUGGCUUUAGUGUACUUGCCCUGGCAGCUUCAAAGGUUCAUUUGUUAUCAGGGUAUACAACUCUGAAAUCCUUCUGCGCUGAGUUGCCAUGAAACCAAGAAAGAAAAGAAAGGCAACACGAUAAUCAACCAUUCCCCCAAAUCCCACCACCACCUUGCACAAAAAAUCAAACAAAAACGGAGCAGGCACAUCAAGCCCCAAAUUCCCCCUCUGCACAAAAAAAAACAAGAAAGAUUGGGUGAAAAACACAGAAUAUUUAAAAAAAAAACUAAGACUGAAAAAGAAUCUGUAGUCCAUGUCUAUAUCCAAAUGCUAAAAAAAACUUAGGUAACAUUCUCCGGGCACGGUGGCAGUGUCUCCCCUCUCCGGGUGCGGUGGCAAUCACGUUCCACGUUCCACAUUCGCUUUGAUGUUUCAAGCUGUCUUCUCGCCUUAAUCAGCGCACAACUGAACCUUUAAUCGGAGAACAACGGCUUGUGCCCUGUCCCGCAGCCUGCCCACCGUGAGGUUCGCGCACACUGCCUCUGCCUUCCAGAAUCCUCUCAGAGACCGCCGAGAGCUGGAUCACCCAAAACACGGGCUCCAACAGUUCCAGAAUCACAUCCAAGUCCGAAAACAAAUGUAAAAGACAUAAAAGAAAUGAAAUGUAUUGUCUCAUGAUCUAUCCAGAAGAUGUUGACCGAAGGAGCAUUGUACACAGGUGCCAUCUUGAGCAUAAGUUCCAUUCUCUGAGUAAAAAUGUUACCUGUUAGGCUUCUAUUAAACCUCUCCCCUCACACCUUAAGCCUGUGCCCUCUUGUUCUUGAUCUCUCAGCUCUCGGAAAAAGAUGGAAUGCAUUCACCCUCAGGGCUGGUUGAUUAUAAUGGAAACACAAUGCUGAGGAUUUGGCCUGGAAGUGGAUUCUGACACUGGUUUGUUAAUGCGGCCAUUGGAGGCUUUUGCUGGGAUGGCAUUGGUGAUCCCUCUCCGGUUCUUUCAGGUGCCUGCUUUGGGGCGUCCAUGCCUUUUGAGGUGUACAGGAGACCAGCAUCACUGCUUUCUUGUAGCUUCCAGGAGGUGUUGGUAUUGGAGAGGGGGCAGAAGAGAUUUUAAAUCGAGCCAAGGCUGAAGAAUUAUAAUUUAUGUGAGCCUAUCUAGACUGGAAUUGCUUCCUGGAGUCUUAAGUUUAAUCGAAAGCCCUGGCGCAGUAAAAUAGAAAGUCAACAAUUUUUUUCCUCCAGAUGCUGCUUUAUUUGUUGAGUUCCUUCAGCAGGUUGUGUGUGGUUCUCAUUAGGUCAAUUUGAGGGAACGCGAGGAACUGAAAUAAAAUAAAACUUUACAGGCAUAUGGUGAGGGUCUGGAAUUCUCCCUGAUGUAUAACAAGUUCAGUCAAUGCUGAAUUAUUGGAUAUAUCAAAGAAAAGUGGCAUAGGUUUAUUAAUGCCAGUGGAGUUAAAUCAGUUGCUUAUGUUGAUAAGGCCUGCAAAUUCCUGAGGAUGGCACAACUGCCAUAGCAAAGUUGCACUUUCAAACAGAACUUUAAUAAAAUGCUACAGAUUUGCUUUUUAGCAAGAUGGACAGAGUGGUAUUUCUCAGAGUGGAGUGUUCUGGAACAGAGGUGCACAAAUCUUUGGCAGAACAGGUUGAAAAGACUUAAUGAGGCACAUAGGGUUCUAGCAGAUCAAAGUCAAUGAAGUCAUGGAGAUUCAGCCCACUGUUCAUGAUGACCAGGUUCACAAACAUACUUAAAUCCAUUUUACAGAACUGCGGCCUCCUAUUCCCAGCUCAUACCAGUGCUCCAGGUACAUUAAGCAUUUUUGUGCUUUUCUCGGCGCCUCACUUCAGGAAGAUUGUCAGCAUUGAUCCUGCCCCACUGAUGCUGCUGCUGUGUUGGUAUUCCGUGGAUUAGUUAAGCCUCAAUCUGCAUAUUUUUACCCCUGGAUUCCUGUCUUUUCUUCCAGUCUUGAGCAUCAUUGUUCUUGUAAUCAGAUUGACCCCUCUCACACUCCGUCUCUCCGAAGUUCACUUGCUAAAUUUACUGUCACAAGCCGCCUUUGUGUAACCGAACUAUUUCAUACUCUCAGAUUUUGAAAUAGUAUCACAAGUUUUUUUGCAAAAAGCGAACGGUAACUGCUCCAGCAGGUAUCCUACAGGGAUCCCAACCACAGGUUUGAGUGAUUAGCUUUAAUUCUACCAUUUUUCCAAUAUUAAUUUCUGUUUAAUUAAAUUAAUGGAUAAUUAAAUCUAAAUUGCAUAACCUGUACGUUGGAAUGCCAGCCCAUUUCCAAUAAAUCAUUGUGCGAGGAUGGAACCACUUGGGGUAAUCACAAGAAAUUGGGAUACAACAAUAUUUACGCAUGUGCAAAUCCUACUAAGUGUUUACUGUUUCACUGCCCAAUUCUCUGAAGCCUCUGCAAACAUUGAGCUAAAAGACCAGCCCCUGUUCUGUUAACUUCUGAGAAAUCAUGAAACUUCAAUCAAGAAUAAGAAUCAAUAAUUAUGAUUAAUGUGGUGCUCCUCAUGCUACUUUUAAUGUCAUAAUUAAUGCAAUAAUUUUAGAACAGCUUUCAAAUAUAGAAUUGA